AGAGCUAAAGAAAGAGUUCAGAAAUAUUUCAAAACAUAUAAAAAGUAAGCCCUAUUAAGAAUAAAGAAAGAUACCACAAGAUAUUUAAAAGCGAUUUUAAAGAACGCUUAAUUGUCAAACAAAACCUUUCCUUAUACUUUGUGUGAAGUUGUUACUUCAGAUGAAACUACUUACUGUGGCAUUUGUUUCACUUCUAACAAAAACCUGCACUGGGCAUCGGGAGGAGGGGGGGGAAGUUUGGGCAAAAAUUGCGUUUUUUGGAACAAUUUUCUCCUUGAAAAUUGGAGUUUUGUUAGGUAAAUAUUCCAGAAAGCAGACUAACAGUUAAAAAUCUGUUAACAUGAUAGCAAAACAUCCUUUCCAAAUCACCCUUUCUCUCAAUAAAAAUGUUGUCAAUUUUUCUCUGCCCCCACCCCUUUUUCAUUGUCAUUUACAAGGGAGGGAAACAUUUUUUGACAAGGCUAAUAAAAUAGACAUUUUUGAACGCAUUUUUUUUCUUACUAGCCCUCCGAUUUACAUCAAAAUUGAAACAGGAUGUAAAUAUUUCACCCUUUGUGAACCAUUUCAUGCUUAAAAAUCCGCGGGCACUCGAUACAGUCGAUACAUUUUUGCAUGCCAUAUACCUGAGACAAAAUAGUAAAUUUUCGCAACUUUUGUUCGCUGCUAUGUUUCUUUAAUAUCUUGUUAUUGGGGCGAUGUUAAGCAAGAAUGUUGGAUGGUUCCUGUAGAUUGUAUUCUUUUACGUUUUACAGUUAGUUAUCGAUCAGAUUAACGACUUUUGGUUUCCAAAACAGGCAUCGUGUGUUUGGCGGUUAAUUUAUGCAAAUUACUGCCUCGAUACUGCCCCCAUCAUAACUUGGCAGGAAAAUCUAAUGUGACGUUUUCCUGCAAAAUACAUCACUUCGAUGGGAUUGUUAAUAGAUAACUGACACAUUACCUACCAUUAACAAAGCAAUCAAUGCGAGAAACAUUUCAGAGGCUGAGCCAAAGUCAAAUCACAGGCAAGUCACUGUUAGAUCUCAUCCAAUAUGGGGUGAUUACCGCCAAAAUGAGAUGUUGUAUUAUGCUAUUCUAUUAUGAUCUUUUAGACUCCACAAUUGGUGUUAUGUCCUCUCUAUUUGGCCCUUUUUGGGCUUUUUUGCCAACCGAAACAGUUUUCUCUGCCCUUUCGUAUACUUCAACAAGUGAAAUCUAAACUUUGUCACAUACUUGAAGCCUUAAAAUGGUAACUUUUUCAGGUGGAGCCUCCGCCUUUAGGCCAUUUUAGGGAGUACCCCCCAGGAUUCAAGUUAGCUUUGAAUUUUUAUCAACAAUGGUUGUCUUUACAUUAGGCUGUUAAGUAAGAAUUAAGAGCUGCUAAGUUUUGCUUAACCAAAAAUUUGUGUGUGAAGGCCUAAGUAAAAUCUCAAGUAACUUUACUUUGCAUGUCAUUAAAUUCGGAAAGUUGAAACAAUUCAAGAAAUUUUCAAGCGACUCAAAACUUUAAAACCAUCCUUAUGACCGACUUAUCUGACCUAGCUGACUUGCGGUUUCUUGAGCUUUGAGAAAGGCGAAUCCUGCCAAUCAAUCUUAAUUAUGUUGCAAGGGAAAAUAGGCUUAUAAAGUAAACCUGAAGUAUAAAAAAAGAGUCGGUUGUGCUGGUUGUGUGUGAAGCUUUCUUUUACCUGAAGAAUUUAAAAAUUUACUUGUCUUGAAAUUCUUCUUAGCUUAUGUAGGCUCUAAUGUAAAGACUGCCAGUGACUGUGAAAAGAGCUGAGUAAACGGUCUGGUUUUGUGAUUUAUUCAUUUUUGAAAGACAGUGCAUUUACCGUCGCAGUUAAGAGGGAUGCAGGGAUGCAAAGGUCUAAAAUAAGCAUGUGACAGAGGUACUAUUGCCAAUAGAAGGUAUACGGAAGAGGUACCUUUUCUGUCAAAAAUGGUAUAUAAAAGGGUAAGGGGUUGGACCUCGGGGCGGAGCCUCCCUAUAUAAAACAUUGCUGAGAUCCCCCGGGACUUCUUUGCUGAAUUCCUUAGGACGCCUUGUUACUACAGAACAAGGUGAAAUCGUCAUUAAUAAUAUUACCACCGUUAAUCAGCGUACUUGAGAUAUUACCGGUCGUUUUUAAUUAUUGCAGCGGAAAGUCCUGAAGGAGACGACAAAACUGAAGUCCGAGUCAGAUUUUUCUGGCGGCACUUCCGUUUCAUGCAAGCAAGACAAAGAGAAUUCGUUGACAAGCAAGUUUUAUUGAGCAUAAUGUCAGCCGUUUUUUUCCUUGUUUUUUUUUUUUUUUUUCAAACAAAUGUAAUUUAUUCGUGGCUUUCCCACGAACAUUUCGUGGUAAAAAAAUUUUAUCUUUAAAUUUUAAAUCGUUAGCAUUUCAGAAUUGUUUCUUGCUGGUUAUUACUCUAGGAACGACUUUGGUGCAGUGGUCAUAAGAAAUAUCUGCUUUGCUAGAUAAGCGUAGCAUAAUAGUGCCCAGUCUCUUUUUGCACAAUUCAUUUAAGUGCCGCAAUCUCUUGUGCUGGGGAUUAGGUAAAAACCCGCUUCCCCUCACACUUACAGGAGCAGGGGCCCGUUUCUCGAAAGGUCCGGUAACUUUUCGGGCCCGAAAUCAAAUAUUCAAAUACAAAUAAAAAGAAUAAGAGCGCGGGUCCUGGCUAGAAAACUACUCCAUUUUGUUUCAUUUACUGAUAGUUUCAUCAUGUUAGAUGCAAAACUACUGAAACCGCGGUCUUUAAUGUAAACGGCAACAGCUUACCGGGCCCGUUAAUUAUUGGGUCUUUCGAGAAACGGGCCCCAGCUCACUCAUUCAGUAGAUAGCAAGCAUAAAACGAUGAAAAACGUAAACGGUAUUGUGUGACUGGUCGCCUGCGUCAAAUAAUCCCACAAAGUUAGAACAAAAAAAUCCGGGAGGCACUACUGGGAAUUCUUCGUUUGAGUGUGCCGCCCGGUUCUCCAAAUUCUGACCCUAUUUCAGACCCAAAAAUGGAAUUUUUCACACCCGUUUUCAGACCUUACCUUUAGACAGAAAUUAUGAGAUUAGAGCGCAAACAAAAAAAUUCUUAUUUCGAAUUCGCAUAUUUCUCUUUCUUUCUUACUCAGUUGGAAUUGAAACGAUAAGUACGUUCAUACGCUCCCGUAGUUCCCUCAAAACCAAUACCCGAUUCGAGACCAAAAUAAGCAAAGCGCCGGAUACCCGUUUUCAGACCAAAACGGCGCAAAAACCCUACCCGAUAAGGCGGCACGUACCUAUAUAACUUAUAUAAGGAAGUACCCCCGGGGGGAAAAUGUAACUAUGUGCCACUUUUUCUCUCACUUUGCGUGACACAAAACACGAAAGUGCUGCCAAAAAGAUGCUAUCUUAAAAAAUCUGACUCAGACUUCAGUUUCGUCGACGCCGGUGGUAAUUCAAUUUCGACUUGUUGACUAUAUAGUUCCAUGUGGGAGCAAGGCCUUCAUACAAAUUCAGGAAGACAAGUCUGCGUUAAUUGAAACUUUUUGAUCAGCAAGCUAAAAUAGGAUUGGGUACACUGUUCUUCUGAUUCUAUGCAUAAUAAAACUCACACGAAUUCAUGAAAAUUCUAACAUAAGAGUAUCCAACAGAGUACAAUUUUCAUUCACGGUAAGGAAAAAUAUGUUCCUGUCCAUGCAUCAUAAGCAGCUGCAGUAAUUUGGCAGGGGGUGAGUAUUAAAGGAAACUUUGUAGAUAUGCACUGAAGAUGAGAGAAAGAAUUUGAAUGCGACGACAAGCGUUACUGCAUGGUGGAUGAGAUCUAAACGAAUUCUUAGUGAUAUCGAUAUUCGUUCUUUAGUUUUCUACGAUUUUUACGUAGCUCUUGCAGACACUGGGUUUAGAAACGAAAGGACAGUAGUGAACGGUUUUCCUCGCACAACGAGUACGCCUUGGUGGUUGAUAUAAAACACUUAAUUGGGGAUGGAUCGGGAUGUAGCCAGAAAAAAAAUUAAAUAGCUCAGAAAAGUGUUAAACCACUUGAUGAGGGUGACCGGUAUUCUCAGGUUUAACUAUACUUCCAAAAGUAUCUGAAAUACAAGGGGCCAGAUGCAGUAGAUCGUAAGUUCGGAUGUAAACUGAAACGUCUGAUUUUAAGCCGCAAUUAAAUUUUUUUUUUCGCCAUACGUAAGCAGCUAGUAAUGCCGGUCCAUUGACGUUACGUUUUAAACACUCGCCCCAGCAUCUGAUAAGCUAUCUGAUUGGCCAGAUAAAUCAGGGGCAGCGAAAUUAAAUGGUCCUCGAAUUGGUUCAUUAGGAGUGAGUACCCAGGGAUUCUCCUGCUCUCCUUGCAAACUUUGCAAUAAGGUAUUUACACAGGCCGACUCUUUCUAGCAGAUGUUCGUGUUUGUCUUCAUUCAGAGUUUCCAAGCGAUUAUUUAUCAUAUUUUCCUAGAUUUUCUACAUUCAUGACUACCGUGGCACUAAAUUGCCAACCAUAGGGAAACCGCUAUCAAAGGAUAGAGUAAAAGAUGGAAGAAGGAUCUUUCUUUAAAGUGGUGCGAAAAUGUUUACUGGAACUCUCGUUUAAAAUAGUGAACCCUGGAAUUCUACCGCCAAGGGAGACAUUUUCUUACCGUAACUUUUUAAUUCUGAUCUUAAAAAUAUCAAAUGUUUUCCUUCAAAAUAAGAUUAUGAAAAAUCCCUUUUUAGGACUGAGAUACAAGUUCAACAAUGGCGUCGAAUUCAACAGAAUAUCAAGAAAAUGGAGGGUCUCCAUCACCUCGCGGUAAAUUGAGGGUUCUUUUUCUGGCAUCUGAGUGGGGGUCCAGUAAAGGGGGGUUGUCAACCAUGAACAGGGAGUUAGCCAUAAACAUAGCUCAACACUCCAGCGUGGAUGUCACCAUUUUCGUUCCACAAUGCAAUGACGAGGACAAGAAAGCAGCUCUUGGUCACAAAAUUAAACUUGUUGAGGCAACAAGUCAACUAGGUGAGGAGAAACUUCAAUGGCUUUUUUUUCUACCCGAUGAUUUGCAUAUUGACGUUGUCGUUGGUCAUGGAAUUAAGUUUGGCCCCCAAGCAAACGCUAUAAAGAGGUCACAGAAAUGUAAAUGGGUUCAAGUAGUUCAUACAGUACCAGAAGAACUCGGGAUGCAUAAAACAUACGAUGAUCCAAUAGCAGCUGCUGGAAUGAAGCAUGAAACGGAGGUUGAACUUUGUAAACUGGCUGAUUUUGUUGUCUCUAUUGGUCCAAAGUUGAACGAGGCUGUCGGCCGUUACCUUUCUUCGUGCAAGAAGGACAAGAUGGUCUUUACUCCUGGUAUUUUCAGGGAGUUUCUUGGAGUCGAACAGGUUCCUGAAAUUGAAGGAAAAUUUCGAGUUCUUCUUUUUGGCCGUGGAGACGAGAAAGACUUUAGAGUUAAAGGGUUUGAUAUCGCAGCCAAGGCAGUAGCCUCAUUAGAUAACAUUGAACUUGUUUUUGUUGGUGCGCCGGAGGGGGAGUUGGAGGAAGUUAAAAACCGUUUUCUCCAGUGUGGAAUCCAUGUCAACAAAUUAACUGUCAGACGCUUUGUAAAAGACCGGGAAAGUUUAAAACACUUAUUUUGUGAGGUAGAUCUCGCUAUUAUGCCUUCCAGAACAGAAGGUUUUGGACUUACAGGACUCGAGGCUCUCUCUGCUGGCUUACCCAUCCUUGUAAGUGGAAACUCAGGCUUUGGGCAAGCUCUCCGUGAAGCACUGUUUGGACCGUUUUAUGUCGUUGAUUCAGACGAUGUCCAAGCUUGGGCUAAUGCUAUCAAGGGCCUGCAGAACAGAGACAGGAAUAAGCGACUCAAGGAGUCCCAGGCGUUGCGUUCUUCGUAUUCUGAAACCUACUGCUGGGAGGAACAAUGUAAAAUACUUGUUCGAAAAAUGGUCAGUUUGGUUCAAGGUAAGAAUAUUUAACCGCAUGAGAGAUCGAACCUAGGAUCCUUCGAUGUUUACUUUUCUGGAUUACUUUUCUUUAUUUCCGAUCCGUCCGACAUUACCAUAAAACCUGCAAUGUCACUGAUCGGUCGCUGUGACAGGUAGUGACAUGAUUGGAUUCUCUUUUCUAAUCCACUGGAAACGUUUUUUUGACCACUUUAAUAAUUUCGAACAGUGCAGUUGGUAUCCUUUUAAGAGUGGUUACACUAGACCUUUUCCGUAAAGCUGUCCUCGGGAGAAUACCUUAGGUUGGGCUCUCUCUGGGUUUUGAUCAAUUUCAUGUUUGCGGUUGCAUGCAGGUAAAAUCGCUAACGAGGAAGACAAAACUUGGACCCGGUUUCGGGGUAAAUAUCCUGGUAAACAUUGGAAACUGACUUGAAUCUUAAAACGUUUUCGACCAUUGUUCUUAAAAUUUCAAAUUUGCCCUCUAAGUUUCGCUUUCGGCCAAAUGUUUAUUUUUAACAAAAUCUCUCAACCGCGGGCAUUAUCCUCCUACCAACCACCAGAACGGGUUUAUUUCAAUUGUUUCUUAUUUUGAUUUGACUCCAUUUACUAUUCAUGUUAGUAGAUGGAUCAACGCCACAUCCGAGCGUCAAACUUCAGGGAGCUUCUCAACAAACGGAGAUCUCAAGUGUGCAGGAUCAAGGUAUGAUGUUUCUUAAUUGUGAUAAAGGGGAGUUCAAAUCGUUAAAUAACCUUCAACAAAAUAGUAGACCAUAUUCACGAUCCUCGCACGCGCUCCAGGAUCGAUAGGAUAAAAGCUAUGGCACGUGGUAUAUUUCAGGGGGCAAACAAGUGAUAAAAUUUGCCAAUACGAGUAAUCGAGGUCAAGUUUGUUUAUUCUAUCGAAACGAGAGGACGAUUUCAUGCAAAAUGUACAUAUCGAGUUUGGCAAGAUUUACGUCAUUACUGUUUACCAUAAGGACAUCUACGGUCGCUACCGCACACAAAAAGGUAACAAAGAUUACUUCCGCCCAUAUUUUGACAUUAUCGUCUUUAAGAUGAAAAGGUCUUCAUUUCCUGUUGUCGAGGAUAAACAAACUCAACCGCGAUUUCUUCCAUUGGCAAUUUUUUCACUUGUUUGCCCCCUGAGAAACCACGUGACAUCGCAUUUAUCCCAUCAAUCCUUAAGCACGUGCAAAGAUGACGGGUAUCGUGAAUAAGGUCUAUUCUCAGUUCGUUUUUGUACGACAUGAAAAUAACACACGUACUACUUAUUUACGUUUGUUGUCGCUGUCCGUUUGUCCCACACCUGAAAGUCCAAGAAGACAUAUAUCUGUUAUUUGUACAACAAAAAAAUACGACAGGAGCUAUAAAUGCUUUUGUGAUGUGAGAAAAAAGCGGUUGUUUCAUAACAGGCCUUGUACGUGGCAAAGCAGUUUUUCGCUUACUUCUAGAGAAUUGUACCGGAUCAUUUUUUGUUUGAAAGUGUUGCUAAAAUUUCUAUGAGUUUAUUUGCUAGCAAAAAUUACGUUGCGUGAUAUUUGUCACGAACUAAAUAAACAAGCAAGAGUUUACUUUGAACUGAUUUGCAUAGCUGGACAGUACGCACCAACAGUACUCACUCUAAAACCUUAAUAAUGUGUACUUUUUUUAUAGAAUCUUAACAUCUUAGGGAUGGUAAGAAAAAAAUUGCUGUAAAUGCAUCCUUUGAUGCUUUUAUUUACAGCGAAAACGCAAUUUUUAGCUCUUUAGUCACAGUACUCACUUUGAAAUGGAGAGAAAGAAGAACAAGAUAAUUUUUCCUUACUGAAACAAGUGAGUACUGUUGUAUUCACUUUAGGGGAUGGCCUUUUUGACGCAUAUUAUUUCAAAUGCAAUCGAUUUUUGGUUGAAAUAUUCCUUAGCCGUGUUUCCUUAAUGAAUUUGUAGCGAAUAUUGAUAAUACACUGCGUUUUUGCUACCGAGUACUGUGCGCAAUGCUCAAAACAUCGUGCCUGACCAACUUCCGCUGUACAUGUAAUCACCUCCAGUUUAGGGGAGUGGGCCCGAUAUGGCUAAUCAGGGAAUUGCCUUAUAAAAACUUGCUAUGUUGAGAAAAUAGUUUCAAAGGUCAUUAUUAUUGCCUGUGAUCACCUUCUUGUCUCCAAAAUACCUAAAAAGGAUAGUUUAGGCCUCUAGGGCUUGUGAACCUUUUCAAAAGAUCGCAAUGAAAAGGAUAAGUUCUAAAAAAUAUAUCCGUGUAUACCUUUUUUGUUUAAUUUAAAAGUCACGGCUUUAAAUAAGUGGAGUUUAUGAUAGACUGCUCACGGCUAUAGGUUCAAUAUUGCCAAAAGGAAUAUUUUUUGUCAAACUUAAUACUGUCUCUAUUGGUCCUAAGUUAAACUAAGCUUUUCGGUCUUAUCUUUCUUCGCGUAAAAAGGACGACGUGGUGUUCAACUUUACUCCCGGUAUUUUCAGUGAGUUUCUUGAAGUUGAACAGAUUGCUGAAAGAAAAGGAAAAUUCAAAAUUCUUCUUUUUGGCCGUAGAGACGAAGAAGACUUCUUAGUGAAAGGAUUUGAUCUUGCAGCCGAAGCAGUUGCUUCAUUAGAUAACAUUAAACUAGUUUUUGUUGGUGUACCGGAGGGAGAGUUAGAGGAAGUAAAAAACCGUUUCCUGAAGUGUGGUAUUCAUGCGACCGACUUAACUGUCAGGAGUUUUUUAAAAGACCGGCAAAGUUUGAAAACGUCGUUUUGUGAAGUGGAUCUAGUUGUCAUGCAUGCCUUCAAGAACAGAAGGUUUUGGACUUACAGCACUGGAGGCCUUAUCUGCUGGUCUUCCCAUACUUGUAAGGAGAAAUUCAGGUUUUGAGAGGCCCUGAGUGAAGUACUAUUUGGACAGUAUUUUGGCAAUAUUGGCUUUAUUAGUCGAGCUUGCUUUAGCAGAGCGAGCGAGACUCUAAAAAUGCAGGCGUUUUUUGUUUUCGUCGGUCUUCCCUAGUUUGUAGGCCACGCGUUCCUGGCGGAGAUCGUGGAAACUGGGGAUAAGAAUCGUGACGACCUUCGUUGUAUGCAAAUGAUCUCGUGAUGAGCAUGCGGUUUACUUUCGACGAUGACUGAAAUGACGCAUAUAAGUUGAACACAUUUUUUGCAAUGAUGUAAUUUUCCCCGAAUCGAGGCCCUUGAUUUUCGUGUAAUUAUGCACGUGUAUCAAAAAGUAAAUACCCCUAGUUGGAUUAGAAAAUAUUAUUCCUUUACGUUAUUAGUUCUAAUGCGCGUUGCUAACCUCUGAUGUACACUACAAAUUCGGCGAUGAGAAAAAAGAAGAACAACUAUCAUUUUCAGUACGUAUUGAAGUAAAGUAACGAUUGCAAGCAAAUUUUUUUUCAAUGAGAGGCCUUAAAAGUGUUCGAAACGACUAGACACUUUCUUUACACUCCCCUAUGAUUAGCUUUAAAAAAAUAGAGUAAAUCAUUAAUAAUUUACAAUAUCAAAGUUACCUGUGCCCUUAAGUGAGCCCGUAAGUUAUCACCUAAAACAGGAACUUACGAGAAUGUUAAGUGCGUUCCAUGCAACACCCAUAAGGGUACCCAUAACGGAUUCCUAAGUGACCUACUUAAGUGAGCACUUAAGUGCAGGUUUUAUGCAACCGGGCCCAGCAUUGCACUUCAUUGCAUUUCAGGGACUUUUUUGUCGAUAUACGAUUUGCUAAGUGGCAUGGAGUAUCGUGACCCUAUAAAUUCCACUAAAUUACUUAUUUCACGCAGUGAUGCAUCGUUCAAUGUUUUGAGUUUAAAUUCCCUGAAAGAGUUCUCCUCACUGGAGCAUUAUCAAUAUGUAAAAGGUUUUUAAAGGUUUCAGGUGCCGGUGUGAAACUAAGCCGGAUGUGCUGCCUGUCUCUCCUUGCAAUUUUUACGUUUUGAGUAUUUACAUUAAACGAAAAAGUAGCAUAGCACCACCACAGCCUUUGACAGCAAAACUUAUCUCCAAGCCCCUUGGGCUCCAAGCAAGCGAGACUCAACGCUACUAAGAGCGUUCCUGUUUUGUUAUAGUGAUCUGGGCCCGGUUGCAUAAAACCUGCACUUAAGUGCUCACUUAAGUAGGACACUUAUGAAUCCGUUAUGGGUACACUUACGGGUGUUGCAUGGAACACACUCAGCACUCUCGUAAGUUUCUGUUUUAGGUGAUAACUUACGGGCUCAGUUAAGGGCACACGUAACCUUCAUAUAGUACUUUAUUAACGAUUCACUCUUUUUUUUUUCUAAGCUAACCAUCGGUGAGUGUAAAGAAAGUUAAAAGUCGUUUCCAACACUUUUAAGCCUCUCAAAAAAUGAAAUUUGCAUGCAAACGUUAUUUUUCUUCAAUAUCUACUGAAAAUGAUAGUUCUUCUUCUUUUUUCACAAAAGUGUACAUCAGAGGUUAACAAAGCGCAUUAGAACGAAUUAUGUGAACAAAAAUACUUUUUUCCACUUCUCAGUAAAAGAUCUCGUUAAAUUUAGUAAAAACAGAGGUCCCGUAAAUUUACGUGCUAUUUUUCCCGUAAAAAACGUUUUAUGCAACGCCCGCAAUUUCUGUUGCAUAAACGACACUUAAGUGAACACUUACGAAAAUCGUAAGAGCAACCACUUAAGUGAAUUCCCUAAGUGGACCACUUAAGUGAUUUCAAGCAACUGACUUAAGUUACGAGUGCACGUACGUGUACCCGUAGUUGUUACGGACGUUUUAUGCAACCGGGCCCUGAUGAUUUGCUGGUUAAAAAAUGUCGCGGAAGUAAGCAGUGAGGUUUUUAUGAUUGCUUAAGAGUUUCCGUGUUUAUUUUUUACAAGCAGGUAAGUAUUUUAAAGAUGUUUAUGACCGCACAGACGAAGUGUCAAUAAAUAUUUAAUUCUAAUUUUGAUUUGACCUGGUUUACUAUCCGCGUUAGGAGGUCCAUCAACGCAAUACCAGAGUGUCACACUUGAGGGAGCUUCUCAACAAACGGACACCUCCAGUGCACGACAUCCAGGUAUAUUCCUGGUCACUCAAAAGGUGGACAAAAAAUAAAAUGAUAUAAUUCUUCGAUGAUUUUUUUAUGGUACAAAAACCUUUCAAUAUAAUUUACGCUUUUGUCCUUGUUGAUUUGACAAAGGCAAAGUAGAAACCUUUUUUCUUUUAAACCCCAUUUUCGUUUCAAUAGAAACGGAUCCAGACGUCCAGAGAAGGUCACAUGAGCGUUUUGCAUUGAAUUCGACCGACCAUCGACCAUAUUGGUAACGCAGACAUCUACAUCCCCAUUCAAAAUUGUUGAAACGUUUACAAAUGUCUUUGCCUCUUCCCCUUUAAUGUUGUUGUUUUUAGUUCAAGACGUUUGACGCGUGAGGGAAAGGGUGGGGGGAUAAAUACGUGUAUUCGUGCACUAGUCGGGUACAUAGGAAACCAAAAUGUGACACCCACGGGCAUUUUUUUUCUGAUUCUUGACAACAUAUCCAUUCUUACUACCUUGAGUACGCCUGAAAGGAGCCUACCUGAGUACGCAGAUUACGAAAAUCAUUGUUGCCAAGUUCAAUUCUUGUGUUAAGGUGGAGUUUUGGGCAUUUCACUAUGACGUCAAUGCCAAAAUAAGGCGUUUUUUCUCCUUUAACAAAUCUAAGUUUAAUACAGACAAAAGUUCUUGUAAAGCGUUACUAAAAAACUGUAAAGUUUAUUCUAAGAAUUUCUGACUAAUUUUACGUCGCUUGUUUUUUUAUCAAGCCAUCACGUGACAAAUGACCACGCCCUAUUAUAGAAAAAUCACCUUAUCACGGGUAUAUUUGACAAUUUGUUGAAAAAACGUAACACUUGGGAAUACAUGUACAAAUUCUUGUUUAUCUUGUACAAUGUUGAAUCUCAGUAAUUUCACAAUUCACUUUGUCUUUCUUGUCUUUCUUGGCCUCUUGAUGGUGACUUGCGUUGAAUUCAUGUAAAAUCGUCAAGUUAAACAUAACAGAACAUUGGAUAGAUAGAUAGAUAGAUAUUCUGUUUAUUUCACCCACUUGCAGGAAUAACUGAAUUAUUGGGGAAGGUCAUUGUCACAUACAAUUAACCAUUUACAUACAUUGACUGAAAUUUAUAAGUUACAAAGUCAUUAAUUCUCCUGGUAUGACCUUGUUGACCUCUUGGAAGUUGGACCCACUCAAUAGCGACAGGGGAGGGGAUGAUGUUCUUAAGGGGGGACAUUUGGCGCGCAGUAGCCAUAAACCGCUUACAAGCUCCGACUCUCCUGUUACUAAGAAAUUCCAGGCCGGCCAAGACUAAGGCUUCCUUAUAGCCUACCCGGCCAAAUAUUAUUUUGAGAGCUUUGCGCUGUACAGACUCAAUUAACUCGUCCAGAUAUAAAGGGAUCGCAGCCCAAACUGGUGAGGCGUACUCAACAAUGGAUCUAAUAAUACUAGUAGACUAACACGAGAUCGUUAGUGCCUAGUCCAACUCUCUUGAGGGUCCGCAGCACAAAGAAACGCUUAAUAGCUUUUUAUGGAUACUGUCACAAUGUUCGUUCCAAGAGAGGUCAUUAGAGAUAAUAACCCCCAAGAGUAACUAGAUACUCUAUCAAUGACUAUACCAUUAAGCUGAAUCGGUGUUAUAAGAGUUGGUUGAUACUUCAAAAAGUUGAUAACCAUAUCUUUACAUUUUUUCUCAUUAAGCCGCAUGUUACGCAUGGAAGCGUAGGUGUUAAUAUUUGCGGCGAUAAAUGGAAGGUAGCUAGGCGAACAUCGAGGCAAAGAUUCAAAUACCGAGGUGUCAUCAACGUAUUUAAUCCUAUAUCUCUACUCCCUACAGAGAUUGUUCACUAAUAUGACGAACAGCAAUGGCGCGAGUUUUUUUCCUUGUGGUAUUCCCCCAUUCGGUGUAACUGGAUGCGAAUAAACCUGACCGAUUCGCACUCUUUGUUAACGGUCCGUUAAAAACGAGCCGAUCCAUCUGAUAGUGGCCUCAUGCACGUCCAGCAGUUCCAUUUCUUGGAUAAGGAUAUUGUGAUCGACUAAAUCAAAACCUUUACUGAAAUCAGUAAAGAAGAUGCGUGCAUAUAAGUGUCACCUAGGUCAAGGGCCUCAAGGAUGACUUGGAGGAAGAAAACAAGAGCGUGGGUUGUGGACUUCCCGGCCAGGGCAAACUGGUGGCUGUCGAACUUGUUACAGACUUGCUUGAAGAGGGAAUCCAGCGUAAGCCCUUCCAUGACCUUUGCAAUAUGGGGCGUGAGAGAAAUAGGCCGAAGAUCUUGUUCAACUACUUUGGGUGGCGAACAUUUUGGUACAGGGAAAACUUCGGAUUGCUUAAGAGGUACAGAGACGUACCCUUGUACCAUUGAGGCAUUAUAGAUAUUAGUGACGACUGGUGAAAGUUCAAAAGCAAACUCUUUCCAGACUUUCCCCGGGAUUGGAUCAGGCCCCCCUGACUUGUUCGAUUUAAUGCCUCUCAGGGAUUUGUAUACCAUACGUGUGUCAACCAGCAGGUGCUCAGGGACCGGGAAAAAUGAACCAGGGAUAAUCUGAGGCAACGGCACAAAGUCAGCAGUAAGACCAAAAAGAGGUUAAAGCUGUUAGCCAGCACCUCAGUGGACUCUUAUUGAUCUCCAAGCAUUUGCUGCACCCAACUUUCCGAACACCGCAGCCCAGUAAGCCCUUUGAUUUCUUUCCACCACCGCCUAAUUAACGUUGGUUUGUUUAGCAACUUUCCGGUCAUAAAAGCUGCUUACUCUCAGGUUUCAAUCUGUCCGUACUGUUAGUCAAUACUGUAAAUUUUGUUAACAAUCUUCUAAUCACUUGAAAAACACUAAGCUAAUACUGAUUUCGUUUUUACAUAAGCAUUAAAGCGUUUUAGGAUCGGUUUAUGCAGCAGUAAGCAUUGACCUCCGUGCAUCCGCAUUGCCCAGUACACGUGAAAUGCGAAUUUCUGCAUCUACGGGCAAAAGUUGCGGCGCUAGUGGUGCACCGGCAUGAAAACAAGCUCCUGGAAUUGAAAUAAGGGUCAUAAAGACAGGGACCAAUCGAUGGCUUCAGCUGGCGUCUAGCCUGUCUCAUCUGCUUUCAGAAGCAACGGUUUCGCAAUGAGAACCUGACGCCAAAACGAAGUAUAAAAACAGUAUACCACUUUAGCUCAUUAGGUUUUGUAAAUACCGGGACACUUUUGGCGUACACGACUUGAAAGGGUGGUCAGUUUUGUCGGCAGACCUCAAGCUUGCCUAACGCUUUGUUUUACUUGGGCCUCUUUGCCAAGCAGCUGCCGAUGUUGCGUGGAAGGUGUUCCAUCUAGUGACGAAUCGCUGUUGCCAAUGUCAUCAGCUGUGAACUUCGUGAAUUUGCGGGUUUAGAUUAGGUGCGACAACGUUGUAGUUCUCCUUAUUUAUAGACAAGAAUGGGUCUUGCGCUAGUGAGGUGUCCAACUUGAGAAUUUUCCUGUAGCUGCAUAUGCCUCGCCUUGUGUAACAGUUCUACUAACAGCCUUGAACGCAUCGCCUGAUAAAGGGUACUGCCAUGGAACACCUGCUCCAUCACUAGCAGCGUGCACAAUACCUUGAGCAAUGCUUAAGACACAAAUGUGAUGGUUUUGGUCGUUGCAAUCACUGUCAGCGCUUUAUUUAAGCUUUAGACCCCCGAACAGCAAGUUUUAAAAAAGGUAUUGUAUAAGCUGUCUGGCACAGAGCUGUCGCUGCCUCUUCGGAAUCGUCAAAUCCCUGGUGCCCCGGGGUAUCCAUCAGUUCCCUUCUACGUUUUAACGCGACAUGAAUCAACGACAAAAAAUCGUUUUCUUGUGGCUUAUAGUGAGGCGUUGUGAGCAUUUCGUCAUCAUAGCAGCGUCAUUACUCAUGUAGGAACUGUCUGCAAUAAUCUUAUGGCUAUAUUUGCGCGAAGCAAGUAGUGGUUCUCUCUCUGAAACGUCCAGCGUCAGUUUCUGGACAAAUUUUAAGAAGUCUCCAACUUUUUUAUGAGCUUCUCUUUAAAUGAUGUUGCCCUGCUGAUAAACGACUUCGGUAUUUGUGUACUGGUUCUUGCGCUAGCUUGUUAUACCUCAACCAUACGUCAGAUAGCUGGAGUAUUUGCUUACGAUCUGCAGCAUAGUGGAUCUCAGAACAGAUAAAAAUCAUAGCGAUCUUAGAAGAUUUCUCGUUUUUGAAGGUGUGGUACUUAUAAGCGCUCAGACACUUCUUGUGGUACUUUCUCUUCGCAGCAGUGAGAUUGAUGGCCCCAGCAAGGUGGAAUCUCAUUUUAUUAUCCAGAUAUGAUGAUUCAAUUGCAAGAACUGAAUUGUUACCAUUAAAUGCCGUAACGGAUAUGAGUGCUCUGUUCUCGGGGGUUUUAAUUGUUGAGAAGACUCCACUUUACAGGUGUGACACCUCUCCUAUUACUUCGUGAUUCUUGCCCUCUUUAUGACAUGGAGGCCGCCUCGUUGUCAACACACGCACUUUUUCCUACGUUUGGGCGGCGGGCUAUUUAAUAGCUUUUCCUUCAAACGCUCAAUUUUCUCUUUGUGCGUAAAGUCAAAAUAACGAUCCUGUGCCAUUGUAGACAGCAUGAAUAAGAAAUAUUUCCAUCAUGAGCCUUUAUAUCUGUUACGCGUUUAACUGCCUCUGCAUUUUGUUCACCACAAACAUUUUCUGCGCCUUUACAGCUUCAAUCAGCUUUUGCACACCUCUCGUCGCUACGUGCAGGAAAGCUAUACCUCCUCAGAGUCUGAAUUGAGGGCAUCACUGCAGCUCCGUUUCUCUUUAGAUGCCGCCAUUCAUCUACAUUUUAAGCAGUCUGGCUAUCCUCAACGAUUUGAACUAACUUGAAUUUCGAAGUUCCUCUAUAUUGUAGUUUAUCUAGACGAAGGAAAAGGGGGAAGAAUUUACAAAUGCCAAGAAUUCGUGCUGUGAAAGACUGGCUUAUUUUUAUACAAUUUAAUUCAUAAAAUUGUCACGAAAAAUAUCACAAUUUUACCCAUAACUAAAUGUAUGUGAAUUUUAUAUCAAAGGGUGUGGUGAACUGUCACGUGACAACUCAAAAUUCGUAGAAACAGCGUUUCAGAAAUAAUUUUUACAAUAUACAUAGCACUAUUUGAAACAAUUUCUGGAUUUGUAAAGUAUAUAUUUAUGAAAGUUAAGAAAACUCCUUAUAAAGACAAUGAUGUCACAGUGAAAUGCUCCAAAACUCCACCUUAACACAAGCAUUGAGCUUGGCAACAACGAAUUUCGCAAUCAGCGUACUCGAAUUAGUAAAAAUAACUAUGUUGCCAAAAAUCAGACAAAAAUGCCCGUGAGUGUCACAAUUUGGUUUCCUGUGUACCCGACAAAACUGACGUACUUAAUUUCAUGUUUUCCGGCACUGUUUCAACAAAUUAUGACUAAGAUUGUCAUAGCCAAACUUUCUGGGACUUGAGAACUAUUCCUUGUGAAUGCUUCAAAGCGCGAAUAGUGUCUGGUCGCGAAUAGCCUGGUCGCGCCGCUGACUUUUAACCUUGCCCUUCAUAAUUCAAGAAGAUUUAUGUUGUGGCUAAAACUACAAGUAUGGAUACGCAAAGAAAGCAGAUAUUUUUGUCUUGGCAGAUGAAAAGUUAACUGCUGCAGUUUCGGCGAAGGAGAAGAUUUGUUCAUCAUCUCCUACUGAGUUCAUAGUUCCAUCGGGUAGUAAAAUCCAAUUUAGGCUGAUGAAGAAUAGAAAAAAACCAAAAUCGUAUAACGUAUGACCAGCUAUGAAGGCCACGUUUACAAAAACUGUUGAGCUAAUGGUGAGGGGUUUUUUUAACAAGUGAAACGUAUAUCUCCUAAUGUUUGAUUCGGGUAAAUUUAUCACCGAAAAGUGAUUUGUCAUGUGAAAUGUGGAAAUCUAAACAAGCAAAUAAUUUGGUUAUGUUAAAGGUACCGUUCCUGUGGUGAUUGAAUUAGACAGUGCCACCUUUCAAAAUAAUCACCGUGGAGAUCUUACGUCUUUGAUGAAGGAGAUGGCAAACCAAUUUUUUGACACAAUGGCAGCUGAUAUUCCAAACAAAGAAAAGGCUAAGUGCCUAUUUUACUAUUUGGAAGGAGUCCGUCAAGUUAAAGUAAAGGAGGCAAUUGAAGGUAGUUUGAAAAUAACUGUGGAGUGUCGCACUAUUGAAAUCCUUGAAGAGCUAUGGAGGGACUACUGCUCUGGUCACCUAAAUUCAGUUGCCGAGGAAUACCUUUUGACAGAUGACAUCAAGAAGAGACUACAUGUAGAGUUUGUCAAGUUGAAGACAACAAUUUCACAGGAAGAUUACUUGGUUUGCAAACGGUUUCUAAGAGGUAAUUCAUCACAGUUACCUUAGGUUUUAAAUGUAACAAAUGAGCAGACUAGUAUCAGUGACGGAAUCAGGGGAGGGGGCCGGUCCCUUAUUUUUUAUUUAUUUAUUUUUUAACAGUUUUUAUUGAAUUAAAUUAAAGACAAGUUUUACAAUGUUAUUUAAGAAUAAACAUUAAUUAAAUAAAUUAAAUUAUACAAUUCCACUUGAAUAGAUACUAACCUAAAAGAAAAAAGAAAAAGGAUAACAAUAACAACAAAAAAUAUAUAUGUUUAUUAUAUAGACACGAGUGUUUUACUGGAAAGUAUACCACUCGUAAAAUUCAUAAAAACUACAUCCGGGACCCGAGUGGUUUAUUUUCCAUAAUCUCACACGUGAGUUUAUCGAUGACGUAAUUUCGGUAGUUUCCCUCUAUUAUUUUAUCGAUGUCUUUUUGUCUAUAUAAUAAAAAGAACAUUACACGGCGGCUUGAAGAUAUGAAUUUUAUUUUCUCGUGGCAAAAACAAUAUUUUACUCACUCGCUGCGCUCGUUCGUAAAAUAUUGUUUUGCCACUCGAAAAUAAAAUUCAUAUCUUCGCGCCAUCGUGUAAUAUCCUCUAUAUAUUACAACAACAAUGACAACAACAGAGAUGCCUGCUGAGGAAGAGAGUGGCAUUUUUACGAACCUCUUUGCAUCAACUACUAUUAAGUGCAUUAGUUAGCUUCUCCCACUUUUGAAAAUGAAAGAGAAGUAUAUUUUUCUCCCUGGAGAUAUGGAGCUCGAUAUUGAAGACACGUCUUGCCCUAGCAAUAAAACCUCUAAUUGAAGGUACUCUAUUAUGAAAUUUCCUACAGUAGAUAUAAUAUUUACCUAAUAACAAAAUAUGAUUAAUCAGAAUAUAGUCUUCUACUUCCCGGUCCCUUGUGAUUAGACCAAACUGAGGCCCGAAGGGCCGAAAAAUGUUUUUUGAGACCGGCCUUUCCCCCUUAUCUCAGGGUCUGGAUGACCGUGGGUCCCCCUUAUCUGAAAAAGUUGUACAAAAAGUUGUCAAACUAUUGUGUUACAGGUCUUUUAAUCCCCCGACCCCCAGAGAAGGGGCAAUGGUAAAUUAUUGAAUUCGCCUCCCAUAUGGAUGAAGAAUUACCCAGAUCGAGGAGGGUUUUCCUUCGAGAUCUACGUGCAUUAUUCUACAUAAGAUACCGCGAAAGCCGAAUUCGGUUCUUGUUUUAUCAGUCAUUCCAAAUAUUUCUAGGUUCUUAAGAAACUUUACCUCCGCGUAGACUUUCUUUCGAACAUUUGCCUCUUUCUGGGCACAGUUUUUAAAGAGUAUGAACAUAUUUCGGAUUGCCGUGGACUCUUUCUUUUUUCUUUUUUCCUGAGUUAAAAAAUGCCAGAAUGUUUCGGCUGCCGCGCUGUAACCUGGAAACGAGGUUGCUAUUGUAUACUGCUGGCAGUAUACCAUUGGAUCAAUGUUAUAUUGCUCGAAUCUUCCAAAUUUGAUCAGGGCUGGAUAAGCUAGCCGGCUUCGGCUGAUAACCCUACAUAAUUCAUGUUAGCAGGUUCACCUACGCAGAGCCAGAAAUUAACCCAACUGGAAGUUUUUCAAGAAACGGAUGUGUCAAGUGAAAUCCAUGCAGGUAUUUUCUAAUAACCAAUAGCUAAAACCUAGUUACUACAUUAAAAACUUGUGAAGCUGCGCGAAACGUUAAAUAGUUUGAGCUUUUUCCAUUGUAACCAAAAUAUUGACGAUACUGAAACUGUGCUCCUUGUUGUUGGAUCAAUCUUGCCGCACUGGGUUGAUCUUAGGGAGUAGAGAAGAAAUGUUUGACCUCAAUUCCAGUAUUCAUUGUUUUGUGAUCUUUGCACCUGAAUAAAUUUGACAGGGCUUGUUUAUCAUUUGAUUUACUGCAAUCACUUUGGUAUUGAUAGAGACGUUUCCACUGCGUACUGCUGGUCUUCAACAAGCAAUAACAAAGUAAAUUUUGUGAGACAACAAUAAACGAAUACCAUACACAUUUCAAUACAUACCUUUGAUUAUAACCAUAAAAUUUGUAAGAACGAUUUUCAGUGUCUCAAUUUCAAACUUAGAAGACAUGAUUGUUAAGUAAGCGCUGUACUUUUUAAUGAUUCCGCGCGCGAUUUCUACUGUUGCGAGGGAAUGUCUUUACUUUUUGCAGUUUCGUUUUCUGCGUAGUUGGUGUUUGGUGUGCUUUACUUUGGAUUUGAGUAUACUUCACUAAUAUAAAUUUAGAUUGUUUUUUUUUUACUAUCAUUUUAGUUUUUUAAAAAGUCUAACUCUACCCGUUUGUACAUGGGGGAGUUUCAGCGGUACCUUCAUUUACUACUGACAAUGACUUCCAUUCUUCUACAUGAUUCGCUCCUAAUCCAUCGUAAGCAUACCCUGGCUGCCAGAAUUUGUGUUUCUUACAUAACUCCUGAUAGCGAGUCUCGAAUUGCCGAGAAGCUUUUUCAAAUCAUGAGCAUGGUCAUAAGAACGGAGCUCUGGAUCUAUGGUAUCUUAAGCAGGAAAUAGCCUUGUAAGAGGACUGGAAGUUAAUUUAACUGAGAUUGGGACUAUUAUAUAGCUCACGGUUGUAGAUUCGUUGGUGUCGUUUCGACUUCCUUUCAAUUAGUUUGAUUGCCUUAGUGAUAGCCUUUAGUCAGAUGUUUGUCAGCUUUUUGUCCGACUCUACUAUAAAGACUAAAAAUCCAGUGUAGAUUUUCCUUUUGUCUCAGAUAAUUCAGAACGCUAUCAAAAGCUGUCGGCUAAAAAGGGAAUUAACUUGCUCCAAGAUCACUGUUACGCUCAAGCUGCUGGCGAAACUCGUAGCCGUGUAUCUGCUGUAGACUCUGAAAAAGUCACACUGCACUUUUCAGUGAAUGGUAAGUUUGAAAUAACACUUAAUGACCUAAGCUAAUAAUGGGAAUAGACACAGUCAGUUCUUUGAAUUAUUAGGAGGUGGCGUUUGUAAUAGUUGUCUGUGAAGUGAGGGGAGGAAACUGUUUUUGGGAGACUUUCCCUUUUUUUCCUUAAGGGGGCGAGGAAUUUUUUUUAGGCUUUAACUCUUAUGAGUCCUUCAAUCGCGCCUUUGUAAAUCAUUGUCAACCUUGCCCUCUUUGGUGCGUGAUCCUCGAUAAAACUAAAAAUAGAACAGGUAUUGUUCAAGUAAUGCAAUAUGGGGACUUUGAAACUUUGAAUCAUACCGAUUUAUGACUUGUCACUCUAAAUUUUGGAAACGUCACGGUACAUAUUUGGCAAAGACAAUAUUUUGCAUUUCAACCCGGCCUAUUAAAAGGUUUAAUCAUUGAGGAAGUAAUUGAGAAUAUAUACAGACGCUACAUCAAAUAUAGUAUGAAUUCGAGUUAAAAAAAAAAAAAAACGAAAGAGAACUUAUUCAUCAAAGAGCUUAUUAGCUUUUGGUCCCUAAUAUUCAGUAGGAUACACUCGAGGUGUACGUGUAAUCUUAUAAUGGAGGUAUUAUGAUGUGUGUGCUUUAUUUUUGGACAAUUUCAGUAUAUCAAGCCGCUAAACUAUAAUAAAUCGAAAACUUCUUCUUAAUUAGCCUGUAAAAUGCCCUUUUCAAAUUAUGAUAUGGCAAAGAACCCUUUUUUUCUUUUCCGGCCUUGACCAAGCAAACACUGAUCUCAUAGGCAAAGAUCAAAUACCAAACAUUGAAGGAGGAAGUGCUCAGGAUAUGAACAGAAAGCAAGAGAGCUUUGCUGAGGAAUUAGCAAACAAAGAAGACAUUGGCAGAUCUCUUCAAGAAUGUCCGGCUUAUCUGCAGAAAAUAAGGUUACUUCAUGACCCAAACCCAACUAAGGAACAUGUUAAUUCGCUACGAGUAUCAGUGGAGUGUGAAAAUCCAGAAAUCCUUGAACAACUAUGGCGAGACUACCGUUCUGGUUAUUUGAAUGUAGUUGCCGAAAAAUGCUUACUGACAGAUGAUAUAAAGAGGAGAUUUCACUUGACGUCUGUGAAGUUUAGGACAACUAUUUUGGAAGAAGACUACCUGGCGUGCAAAGACUUUCUUUUGAAUAAUACAGGUGGGUGGAGAAAAGUUAUGGGGAAACGUUUGUGAUACAAAUUAACGAUAAAUAAGUUUGACAUGUUUUACCAGGCUAAUGAUUUUGUAAAAGCACCCAAUUUGAUGGUGUUAUUAAUGAUAAUAAGUGUGAUAGUGACUAUUACAUUUAUUUUUGGUAGCAACAUAUGACAUAGAGUUCUUGGUGUCAUUUUUUGUUGUUGGUUCUUUUUCUAUUUCUCCCCGGGCUACUAAGAGAGCAAUCAAAGUGUGGCAGAAAGGCAAGUCUUAUCUCCACCCAUAUAUCCAGCGGCCGACGAAACAAGGAUCUUGUGUGUUGAAGAGAAUGUGCAGAAUCAAUCUGAACAGGAAUGCAGCAUCCAGCGUGUGGAUGACCUUAUCCAGUCUUUUGAGAGGGAAACUACAACCCAAACUCUUCAAAACGCUCAAGUGUACGUUGCUGACGAUGCAGAAAACAUGACUCAGAUUGUUGAUGAAACACGGAGGACGUAUGUGACAACUGAGGAUGUUGAACAAACUCAGAAUCAGUCUACUGACGGACAAAGGACUCAGGUUAUUGGAGAAACCCAGAGCCAGUCUACUGAGGAAAAGAAUAGUCCAGAUGCUGGAAAAGUUCAGAACCAGUCUGCUGAGAGACAAAGAAAUCGUUCCGUUUUAGAUGCUCAGGGCCAGUAUGCUCAGAGGCAAAGGAGUCAGGGUAUUAAAGAAAAUCGCAAUGGAUCUUUUGAAGAAGUAACACUCAAGGAUUUAAAGGAGACUUACAGCAGGUCUUCUAAGGAAAUAAAUCCUUGGUUUCCUUAUGUCAGCGAAACAAGGGAUCAGUCAGCUGACAAACCUGUCUACACAGAAUCCAUUUUCAAGGAUUAUAAAGGUAUUUAAUGCUGUUUGUUUUGAAAUUUUAUAAUUUAUCUUUUUAAAGCGAUUUUAAAAUAUUAAUCACUUCCAAUUCUGUUUUAGAAGGAAACAUGACUUUUUUGAAAGAAAAUGGUUAAUACAGUGAUGAUUAUUAUCGUUGUGUGUACCAGUUAUUUGUGUGUAGGUAGUAAUACAUAGUGUUGGUUCAAACUAAAGUUCAAUUUUUUACCCAUUCCUUUAAUGGCUGAAAUCUUGGCAAACAUUCUAGCUCAUUCUGUAUCAAAGUUUUUUGUUUUCCUUUUUUCGCUAGAGGUGUACAACACUUGGCAAGUAGUACUAAAAUAUUCUCUUUUCACCAGAGCGAGUAAUAAAAAGUUUUGCUUCUUUUUUGUUUGAGAGGACUUCAAUUAUACAAACCUUUUUGCUGUGUUUACAUAGUCUGAUAUAAAUAAUUCGAGUUGUCGACAGAAUUCUUGAAUGUUAACAAAUCAUCGACUUCGUCUCGGGUUUGCAUUACUGACUUACGGAAAAAGUAUUAUAUAAACCCCAAUGAAAUACCAGGUGAGCUUUCGCGCGAAAACUUGAUAUCUUCACAUGUGAAAAUAUCUCCGUUACUAUGGCUCCAUAAUAAAUCGCGCCUUUCACACUAAAAAAACUAUUGAAGUGAAAUAGUUUGGUAUUUCAUUGGUGUUUAGCAUUAGCGCAGCGAACGAGUGAAAGAUUUGUCAACACUCGAAGAGAAAUUUUGUAUCUCCGAGCGACCAUGUAAUAUCCUCUAUUUCUGUUGCUCAAUGCAAGUUAUAUUUAGAUGAAUAGUUGAUACACAGACUGUAUACAUUUUAAAUUGUUUUGUUAAUUUACCAGUACUUCCCUUGGUAGGCAGGAGACUGCGUGAAAGAUGAUACCAGCAAACAAAUAAACAUCCUUUUUAGCUCAUGGAUGACGUAGUCGUGCCAUGAGCUUUUAUAGAGGCACUCGAUCACUCACUCACUCACUCACUCACUCACUCACUCACUCACUCACUCAAUCAAUCACUCACUCGAUUCUCAUAAAUUUAUUCAUUAAAGUCAGAUUGAACACUUUACUCUUAUCUCCCUUACUUAGUAUUACUUUUGUUCCAAGUGCCUUUUACGCAUGUAUUUGGCAUAUUCUAGAGGGUACUAGUAAGGCGUACAUUUUUUCCCAACACAAAAGAUUAGCCGGCCGAAGAUGGGUUUUGUAUAAAUGGAAAUAUUCUAAAUAACACUGACAAUAUCAUUUGCAAGAAAUGGACUUGGAAUUGUUUAAAGGACGUUGAAAUAAUUGAGCGUGGAUCAUUGUUGUAUAUUUGGAUGAAUUGUACACAUUUGUUCCCGAUAUUACUUGAUAUGGAGAGGAUGCGACCGACAGGAGUGUGGAAGAGCUAUCGAAUCCUGACGAUGGGAUUUCGUUCAGCGAAUAAGCCAAAGAACCUUAGCUGCAAAAAACGGUCCUCAAAUUGUGAAGCGACGUUGACGUUCACAUGAGAAAGCAAAUUAUUUUCCAACUAAAAAGCGUUAGUAAAAGUACGAUGGCCCAGGAGGGUCACAGUCCAGUAUUGGUUUUGGACAGUCCAGUUAUGGUUUUACACAGUCCAGUUAUGGUUUUACACAGUCUAGUUUUAGUUUUUACACAGUCCAGUUUUAAUUUUUACACAGUCCAGUUUUAUUUUUUUACACAGUCCAGUUUUAUUUUUUUACACAGUCCAGUUUUGUUUUUACACAGUCCAGUUUUAAUUUUUACACAGUCCAGUUUUAUUUUUACACAGUCCAGUUUUAAUUUUUGCACAGUCCAGUUUUAUUUUUUUACACAGUCCAGUUUUAUUUUUACACAGUCCAGUUUUAAUUUUUACACAGUCCAGUUUUAUUUUUUGUGUGGUUACCAGACCUCUCUCGCGCUACUGCAACACUUGUUAUCUAACGGCAGUCAAUUUGUAUUUCCUUGCGACGAUGGAUUCAAUCAUCAGGCAGGCUGUUCGAGAGGAACUGAGACGUUCAAGUUCUAGUCGUCCAGAAACUGCGUCUUCUACUAAUCAAGAUGAUCAGGGAAGAAGUGAAAACGAAUCAGAUGCGGCUGGGUCAUCACGAAGUUCGUUUUCAUCACGAACAGUGGGCCGUUUGGGGUGUUUUUAAAACGAAGACCCAAGAACCCGGGGAGAGGGGGGGGGGGGGGUACUCCCUUGUAAGGGCUUAAUGGGACGUGCGGCCAGCCAGGGUAUUUUUUUCGGGAUUUUUGUCUCAAACAGGGUAUCGAUUUUAUCAUUUUUUGACGUAAUCAGGGUAUCGAUUUUAUCAAUUUUUGUCUUAAACAGGGUAUCUUUUCGUGGACGAUAAACAGCCUGCGCGUAUGUUCUACGAAUGUCUUAAACAGGGUAUGAAAAUUGGAAUUCUGUCUUAAACAGGGUAGGAAAAUCAGCGAUUUUUGUCUUAACAGGGUCAGGGUAUAAGGGGCCGGGCCGCACCUCCACACCCAAGGAUAUAUCGAGUACCCCGCCGGGCUAAGACCUAAGACCCCGUGCACUAAAACGAAGACCCUCUGGACUUAAACGAGGACCCCUGUGGAUUAAACUCUUACGGCGAUUUAGGAGUGUUGUGGAAUUUCCUCUGCGCUAUUUAAUUGUAAUAAUGAAGUCUAUCACCCACCUUUUCUUCGAUCGACGGCUAAGAAAAUAUAACCACGUGCGCUAGCGUUCUAAAAUGUCGAACAAUUGUAUCGAUCAAUACAUUUAUAAAACAAAAUAACCGGCGUAGGGAGGAAAUAACGAGACAUUUAGCAAUGAUGAAUUCAAGAAGAGGGGAACCUCGCGCUCUUUUUAUUACUUUUUACCUCAUCAAUAGAAAAAAAGCUGUCGAUCCAGAAGAUCACUCGACUAAAGGUAUACAUUUCGAGUUUCAUGCAAGCAAGGCUCAUUCGUAUACAUACCGGGUUAUAUUUAUAUCCCUGUUACUUUAUUCUGACCUCUAUUGUAAAAAAUGACUCAUAACAAAAUAAAAAUGAAAGAAAUAAAAAAGGAAAGGAAAAACAUACUUCCGUUUGGCAAGAUUCGAUCCCGAGAGACCUUCCGAUGUACCCAAGGACGUUACCACAAGACUACGAAAGCUUUCUCGAAUGUUCAACGUAGGCGUUUUUAUGGGGAGGAAUGAAAAACGAGCUCCCCCAAAAACGCCUGCGUGGAAGGCUACGAAUGUACAUGAUGUGAAAAAUUUUUAUUUAAACAAAACUGACGUCAUCAUCACCGUAAACACAUCCAAAGUGUUUAGAGUUUAAUCCACAGGGGUCUUCGUUUUAGUCCAAGGGGUCUUAAGUCUUAGGUCUUCGUUUUAAAAACUUCGGCCCACUGUUCGUGAUGAUCCAACCGCAUCUGAUUCGUUUUCACUUCUCCCCUGAUCAUCUUGAUUAGUAGAAGACGCAGCUUCUGGACGACUAGAACUUGAACGUCUCAGUUCCUCUCAAACAGCCCGCAAGAUGAUUGAAUCCAUCGUCGCAAGGAAAUACAAAAUGGCUGCCGUUAGAUAACAAGUGUUGCAGUAGCGCGAGAGAGGUCUGGUAACCACACAAAAAAUAAAACUGGACUGUGUAAAAAUUAAAACUGGACUGUGUAAAAAUAAAACUGGACUGUGUAAAAAAAUAAAACUGGACUGUGUAAAAAAAUAAAGCUGGACUGUGUAAAAAUUAAAACUGGACUGUGUAAAAACUAAAACUAGACUGUGUAAAACCAUAACUGGACUGUGUAAAACCAUAACUGGACUGUGUAAAAGCAUAACUGGACUGUGUAAAACCAUAACUGGACUGUCAAAAACCAAUACUGGACUGUGCCCUCCUGGGCCAUCGUAUAAAAGUGAUCUUUGCGUUAAGUAGAAAUGCUGAAUAUAUAACAAGUGUCUAGAAUAUUAGCGGAGCUCCACCAGCGCGCAAGACACGUGUUAAAAACUUAUUGCCCAUACUUUGAUCGUUCCAUUAUGCUCAAAGAAUAUAUUCCCCCUUAUAUUCACAGUCUAAGCGAUUACGAUCUAUUGUAAAUAAAAGCUUAACAAAUGUGCGGUAGCUUACAGCACAUUAGUACCUCCAAUCCAAGCCUUCUGCUGAUCUAGUCGAUUAACGCGAUUUCCAUAGCUUAAAUAGAAGAAUUAAAAGGUACGUUGCAAAGAAAUACAGUUUAUGAUUUAGAGUAAUCAAUGGAGGUAAAAUUAGAAAAUUUACUUGGGCUAACAUCGACAACAAAGCCGCACUUCGCCGGACGGACACCUUGAUCCGCCAUAUUGAUCGUCCAGCAAAGCAUGAUGGUCUACUCUGUCGGUUUUCGUUUUUGGUUUUUUGGUUUUCGUUUGUUAAUGUUUAUAAUUAGGUUUUGGUUUUGGUUUUCAUUAUAUAAUUUAAAAGCAAAAACAAAAACUGAAAAGUAAAACUAACUAGUUUGGUAAAAAUAAAAAAGUUAGAAACUAAAAUGGACAAGUAAAAAAAAAUAGAAACCGAAAUCUCAACCGAAAAGCUAAAUGGCGAAGUGAAAAUCAAAAAGCAAAAAAACAAAAAUGGAAAAGUGAAACGUGAAAACGAAAUCACUAUGUGGCCCUCCUGGGCUUCCGUAGCAUUUCGAAUGGUAAGCUUGAGUAAUCAUUGUAUUUGAUGUUUGUUUUUUACAUCUAAUUUCAUGUAGUCGAACACAGUUUAUGAGGCAAAUUUAUGCACGUUUGUAAGAUUUGAGACAAUGAUUUGACCUAGUAUCAGGUUUGAUAUAACCUUACAGAACUUUAAAAAGCCUUAGAUAUAUUUUUUCAACGCAAAUAGAAAGAAAACGUUCCGAAGAAUAUUUAGUUAUAAAUUUGGCUGUAGAAAGAAAACUUUGAGCGAUUCUCUUGCCUCGAGUUCAUCUUUGAGAAAAGCAAACACCGGGAAGCCGGCCUAAAACAUAAACUUAUUAAGCUUUAAGCUUUAAGACGCAGGAUUUUUAGAAACACUUUAAUAGUUGUCUCAUGAAUGAAAAUUGUUGCCUCUGUUAAUGCUUCACCGAAUUAUAUUUCUUUUAUUGAUUGUUAGUAGUCUCUCUUGCAAUUUUAAUCGCUGUGCUGUUUGUUUUCAGUCGUUCAUGAACAUCGCUUGCAGGAGUUAACUCAAAAUGCUACGCGUAUCAAACGUCUUUUAAGAUUACACAUCGUUAUAAAACCCUUAAAUAAAAAAAUAAACUUAAUAAAUUCUUUAUUAUGUUGAAGCGUAACUCUAUUAAUGUUCAGUGCAAAUUUGGCACUCGUCAAAAGUGAGAAGCGGCAGGCCGUAUUAAUUGAUUUUGGAAAUUUUUUGAACGGUUUCGCUAAAAGCCAAGGAUUGAUCGUCCUGAAUAUUGACUGAGUGCAACUUGUCUUGAAAAAUUGUGAAAUACUGCAUUCUGUCCGAGGUCUGUAUGAUAACUAGUACUGUUUUACCUCAGAUGUGAUGUAUAAAAAGUAUAAAAGGUUGGUUUACACACCCCUAGAUUUGUUGGCAAGAGUUUUUGUAAAGUAAACUUGUCGAAAGCAAAAUAUUCGGUCUGAUUUGUUUUCCAAGAGUUUGUUUUCCAGGCCUAAUCUACUGUGAUCAAGAGCCAUUGUGGCUCUUGAAUGUGAUCGAAGAUGAUUGCUAUUUUUUGGGUGUACAUGUAAGGCUAUCAUCUCGAUGUAAGAUGUUUCACUCUAAAAUCACUUAGCCUUUUCCUCAAAAGUCACUUUAGAUUUGCUCUUAGGUUAACUGAUUUGUGGAUUACAAUUUUAUUGUUUGACUUAAAUUAUAAAUUUAUUAAUGGGAGCUUCGCUUUUAGCCCUGUCUAAAUCUAUAUAUUAAGGUGCACAUGUAAUCGGAUACUUCGACUGUGUCGGGUUUGAAUUCGUGAGGCCAGAACACGUUCAGCUUCGGGCAAGGAUCUAACUGCCUUAAAAGCGUGAGUGCUAUAGAGAUGCCAAAAAGUUACCCGGCGAAGAAAUGCUGACGAAAUGCUUUUUAAAACACUGUAUGCCAAAAAGUAGAUGCCAAAAACCAAAUGCUAAAUAUACGUAUGCCAAAAAACGCAUAUCAAAAAUCAAUGCCAAAGAAAUGUAAACAUUAUCUAUCAAGCAACCAACACACAGAGAAAGUCAUGAGAUAUUAAAAAAAGAACAAGGAGAAAAGUGAAUAUGUUACAGUGCCCAUGUAAGCAGUUUAAAACAAAUGAAUUUCAAAAUGGAAUGUCUCUCAAGCCUUCUAGUUACUAUAAACACAGAGAUGAUAAUCUUCAAUAUUCGGUUGUCAAUAAUAACGAAACUCAAUGACGAAAUUCAAGGGCAGUGGUAUUUAGCACCCAUGCUCGUUUACGAUUCAUUCAUCCAUGAGCUCUCUCCAAGGAGCCUUUGAUUUCAAAACACGAACUGGUACAAAAAGUUUGGGCUGCUUGCAAUGAUUCUAGCAUUAAUUUGUUUUGUAUCCUUGUCAGUAGAUUCAUGUAGCUGUAAAAAAGGCUAGAGGAAAACGUUUACAAAGUUAAAACUAAAACUCGUUUUUUGCAUUGAUAAAUGCAAACCAGAAUCAAGCGGUGCUGGGGCACUUCUCUAAGUUGUUCAUAUACCACCGAUCCACAGUUCUUAAAGUUGUCACUGUUUUGUCAUUCAUUAUGUCAUAAACAUACUAUAGGUUAUUUGUUCUUUGUAAAAGUUUGUGAAGCAUUUCGAUGAAAUUACUAACUUUUGCAGAUACUGGUGUACGCCUCCUUCCCAGUUGUUUCCAUGAUCCUGAUGAUUUUUGUGAACCACUCAAAGCCAAUGGCGCCGGCAGCAUCGGCGAUCAUCAUGUUCAAAACAUUUGUGAGGCUCUCAAAUUUAAUAACACACUGUCUAAUUUGGAUUUGAGUGGGAAGAGCAUUUCCUACGUUGGUGCUCAGUACCUUUUUGAGGCUCUCAAAGUGAAUAACACGGUGACUAAUUUGGAUUUGAAAGGAAACAGCAUUUCCGACGUUGGUGCCCAGUAUCUUCCUGAGGCUCUCAAAGUUAAUAAGACAGUGACUAAUUUGAAUUUGAGUUGGAACAGAAUUUCCGACGUUGGUGCCCAGUAUCUUUCUGAGGCUCUCAAAGUUAAUAACACAGUGACUAAUUUGAAUGUGAGCUGGAACAGCAUCUCCGACGUUGGUGCCCAGUAUCUUUCUGAGGCUCUCAAAGUUAAUAAGACAGUGACUAAUUUGAAUAUGAGCUGGAACAGCAUCUCCGACGUUGGUGCCCAGUAUCUUUCUGAGGCUCUCAAAGUUAAUAACACAGUGACUAAUUUGGAUUUGGAACGAAACAGCAUUUCCGACGCUGGUGCCCAGUAUCUUUCUGAGGCUCUCAAAGUAAAUAACACAGUGACUAAUUUGGAUUUGGAAGGAAACAGCAUUUCCGACGUUGGUGCCCAGUAUCUUUCUGAGGCUCUCAAAGUAAAUAACACAGUGACUAAUUUGGAUUUGGAACGAAACAGCAUUUCCGACGUUGGUGCCCAGUAUCUUUCUGAGGCUCUCAAAGUUAAUAACACAGUGACUAAUUUGGAUUUGGAAGGAAACAGCAUUUCCGACGUUGGUGCCCAGUAUCUUUCUGAGGCUCUCAAAGUUAAUAAGACAGUGACUAAUUUGAAUUUGAGUUGGAACAGAAUCUCCGACGUUGGUGCCCAGUAUCUUUCUGAGGCUCUCAAAGUUAAUAACACAGUGACUAAUUUGGAUUUGGGAGGAAACAGCAUUUCCGACGUUGGUGCCCAGUAUCUUUCUGAGGCUCUCAAAGUUAAUAACACAGUGACUAAUUUGAAUUUGAGUUUGAACAGAAUUUCCGACGUUGGUGCCCAGUAUCUUUCUGAGGCUCUCAAAGUUAAUAACACGGUGACUAAUUUGGAUUUGGAACGAAACAGCAUUUUUGACGUUGGUGCCCAGAAUCUUUCUGAGGCUCUCAAAGUUAAUAAGACAGUGACUAAUUUGAAUUUGAGUUUGAACAAAAUUUCCGACGUUGGUGCCCAGUAUCUUUCUGAGGCUCUCAAAGUUAAUAACACAGUGACUUAUUUGGAUUUGAGAGGGAACACGAUUUCCGACGUUGGUGCCCAGUAUAUUUCUGAGGCUCUCAAAGUAAAUAACACGGUGACUAAUUUGGAUUUGGAACGAAACAGAAUUUCCGACGUUGGUGCCCAGUAUCUUUCUGAGGCCCUCAAGGUGAACAAAACAGUGACU